AUGGCGAUGGUGAUGGCUGGCCGUGUGCUGCUGGUGUGUGUCCUCUGCGUGCUGUGCUGCGGUGCCGGCGGGGUUUAUGCGAGGGAACUCGACAACAAGGCACUGGGUGGCUACAUGGCGUUGAGAGGGUUUGGAAGGAAUACGUCGUUUUUGUCAAACGGAUCUAUUAAAAAAUUAUCCACACCGCUUUUGCUGUCAGCAUCGUUUAUCUCUGCUAUGCAAGCCGAAGCUCGUGAAGAAGAUGUUCCUUCUGCAAGGGUUACUGAUUCACCUUUAAGUGGAGCCACUGGUCUUGGUACUGUUCCACAUGUUCCAGGUGGUCCUCCUGCUGCGGAAGGCAAAUCACUGGGGCCUCCUUCUGUCAGUCAUUCCUCACGCAAUACUGGUGGUAGCUCGGGGAAUGUAGGCAGUGUUCCAUCCACUACGCAGAAUAAAUCCCCAGAAGAAAUUCCGCUACAAGAACAGACAGGGACUGAACAAAACUUUUUGUCGCCAGAGAAGAAGGCAGCCGAUGAAAAAAUUGAUGGGGCGCAGAUACAAGAUUAUUCUUCAGCACUGCGUCAAGGCGUUGACGACGCUGCCACGUUGGAUGGCGAAGGUAUAAAUUCUUUGGAGGAAACAAAGAAUGAAAAAGAGGAUAUCAAAACCCCCGAAGCAGAAGAGUCACUAGAGGAUCCAACUAAAAAAUUACAGGGCGGUGAAACGGACCCACCGGCGUCAUCAACAGAAAAAAAGCCGGAGCCUCAACCCCCGCAUCGAACGAAAAAUCCAGCAACUGAAGAGAACGACAGCAAGAACACGGAUGCAUCUACGGCAUUACCGAAUACAGGGCAAGAAGACAAUCCGAAAAAAAGAAGAACUGAAGGUCCUUUGCAUGAAGCAGGUACCGUGCAGAGUACAUCAACUGGCAUUCAAGAACAAACACCUGCGGCCGCGCCAAAUGAAAAUCCUUCAUCACUUCCAAAGGAACAAUCUACUGUAACACAGACUACUACGAAUGCUCAACCUCUGGAUUCCGUACAAACCAAAAAACGCCAAAGUGGCGAUAAGAAAAAGCUCGACAACAGUGACAGCAGCACCGCGGUCUCCCACACCACCUCCCCUCUUUUGCUUCUUCUUGUUGUUGUGUGUGCGGCUGCUGCUGCGGUGGUGGCCGCGUGA